AUGGCAUCGAAAAAAUCUGAAAUCGAUGAAUUAGUGGAACAGACUGGCGCCAUGGCCCUUAAUCCUAAUAAUACAACCAGCAGUCAAACCGCCGACUAUUAUCGCAAUCAAAAAGAAACAGAUAGAAUUAAUUUUGCUCGUCUGGAAAAAGGAUUGUUACUAUUCAUUUAUGUUUAUGAAACAUCCAAAAGUACUUUAGCAACGGAAAUGUUUUUCUGGGAUCAUCGAAUCUGUGUGAACGUGAUCACAACGGGUAAAUGUUCGAAGUCUUCUGAUAAAUGUCGUAGUGAACAUCAAAGUUCGUAUCGACAAACGAAUCUUUGUCCAUACUGGUAUAUCAAUAAUCGAUGUACUUUUGGUUCGAACUGUCAAAAUUCUCAUCGAUUGGAAGAAGUACCAAAUGAGCAUCGUUAUAUUCGCACAGAAACCGAAGUUGACGUUUUCAAAUUGCUCCGAUUCAUUCGAAAUUUUGCUGGACAUUACAUUGACUCCAUUAUCGCGGAUCAACAACAACUCCACAAGGAUAUUCUUGUAGUUAUGCUGCAUUUGGUACAUGCCUUAAGUCGUAAAAAUGCUCGAUCUAUCGAACAUCUUCAUUUAUUCUUGGAGAAAACGACUGUAAAUCAAAUGAUUUCAGAAGAAAAUCUUCUUUCCGAACUUGAAAAACCAUUCAGUGUACCAGAAGUAUUCUUUGAUCUUCGUCUCAAUUAUAAUGCAACUUGGUAUCGACCAACUGGCAACAAACGAGAUGUGAAUUUCAAUCAAUUGUCGCCGGGAUUUGUCACUUAUUUUAACGGAAUCUUUCUUGACUACUAUCAAGGGCGUCUGAAAUCGCGAGGUGCCAAGCCAGCAUGGUGUUGA